GAUGCUGGGAACUCACGUCAUUUCGCCGUUUACACAUCCAAAUCAAUGAGCUCGGCGAGAUGUCCGUCGUUCACUCCGAUCUUCCAGGAAGGGAUUAACCAGCGCGCUGCCGAGAUGUAGGGCCGACAACACGGCGACCAACGCAGGGAAACAAAAGAAGUUUGUACAAGAUCGGGUGAUGGUGAAGUAGAGAUAACUUUUAUUCCGAGGUGAAGCAGACCCACUGCCUGCUGUUGAGCCGGGGGUCGGCGGGCCAGGGGGGUUGUUUUUUUUCGGAUAAGACGGGAAAGCGUAAAAACCCGAAGUGGAGGAGCACAACUUCACGGGAGAUGAUGUCCGAAUCCUCCUCGAUCACGACCAAGCAGGAGAGAAGCUCUUUCAGUCCGUCGGCCAGCCCCCAGCCCAACUCCACCUCCUCCCCCGUCCAUGCCCCCGCCGCCCGGCCCACCGGCCGCAUGGAGGAGGACCCCACCCGGCUGCCCACCCACCUGCGGCUGCAGCCGGUGUUCUGGGGCCGGGAGGACGUGGCCCAGUGGCUGCGCUGGGCGGAGCGGGAGUUCGCCCUGCGGCCCACCACCAGCUCCUCCUUCCAGAUGAACGGCAAGGCCCUGCUCCUGCUCACCAAGGAGGACUUCCGCUACCGCUCGCCACACUCAGGAGACGUCCUCUAUGAGCUGCUGCAGCACAUCCUGAAGCAGAGGAAGGCCAGCGGUCCUUACCCGUCCUCCUACCUGCCUGGGAACUCCUUCCACCCAUUGCAAGAGAGCUCCAUCCAGCACCUCAAGCUUGAAGAUACGGUACGACGGGCGCCACGGGGCACCGCCGCCAGCCCCCAGCACCCCCCCACCAUCGAGCUGCGCCACCGCUCGCGCUCCCCGCACCCCCGGCCCACGCCGCGCCGCUCGCCCUCCGAGAGCGCCCACGCCCGCGCCUCCCUGGAGGACCCCCACCUGGCGUCCUCCCAGCUGCCCGACAGCAACCACCACCUGCCCGACGACAUGUACCCACUGUCGCUGUCGCCGCCGGCGACCGUCUCCCUGAACGGCCGCUGCACCACGCCGCGCGAGGCGCCCUGCCCCCCGGGGAGCCCGCCCCCCGGCGGCCAAGACGCCCCGCACGCCCCCCCGCCGCCGCGCGUCAUCCAGCUGAUGCCGAGCGCCAUCAUGCACCCCCUGCUGUUGAGCCCGGGGCGCGGCGGCGGCGGCGGAGGAGGCGUGGCCAACCGGGAGCUGAGGCACAGCCACGUGGCGGUGCCCUCGCAGCCCGGCCUGGAGAACGGGCGGGGCGAGGGGGGGAAGCUCCACCCCUCCCACCACCAGCUCAGCCUGGCCCAGCAGCAGCAGCUGCUCAACCAGCAGCAGGAGGAGCUCUACCGCAACCACGUCAUCAUGCCCGUGUCCCCGCCGGAGGAGCCCGCCAUGCCCAUUGGGAGGAUAGCAGACUGCAGGCUGCUGUGGGACUACGUCUACCAACUCCUGUCUGACAGCCGGUACGAGAACUACAUCCGCUGGGAGGACCCCACCAGCAAAGUCUUCCGCAUCAUGGACCCCAACGGACUGGCCCGACUCUGGGGGAACCACAAGAACCGGACCAACAUGACCUACGAGAAGAUGUCGCGGGCACUGCGGCACUACUACAAGCUGAACAUCAUCAGGAAAGAGCCAGGGCAGAGGCUUCUCUUCAGGUUCAUGAAGACCCCCGACGAGAUCAUGAACGGACAGACAGAGCGGCUUGACCACCUGGACUCAGACCCCGAGGAACAGACCUACAUCAAGGAGGAGUGCUGAGGGACGCCUGCACUAAACGACCACCAGGGGGAGACAAAGGGACUGGACCGUACGACACACAGCCACUGUUGCCUUUCCCCCCCCCCCGCCACCCCGCAACCCCCCUCCUACCAGGAAGCAGCUUGUACAAUCGUAAAAAAGGGAAGUGAAGUUCUUCUUCGAACCUCGCUUCUCGUUCCCGGAAUAAACUGAGAAAACGCCUUCUGUCGGGGUACCCCCCGUACCCCCCCAUUGCCUUUGGGACCUGAGAGUGACGCUGUGUCCCGAUGUGUAGACGAUGUAUGCUUUUCAUGUGUCGUAGUCGACAGGGGAACGCCGAGGAGAGAGAGAGAGAAAGGAGAGAGGGAAGACCUUCUUUAAAAGGUGCUGGCAUGAACAAUCUUCACCUCACCUCCUCCCUGCAAUGUUAAUCAACUCUGAACGAAAACUGAUCACCUGUGUUUAUAUUGUUUGGGCUUUUUGUCUCUGUUUUGCUGAUUUUGCU